GAGCCUUCCCGAAAAACAUAAGAACAGAAAACAUACACACUUACCUACAUUGUGGGAACCCAAUAAACCAUACACCAAACAUAAUCGACAGUAACAACUUCGACUUCGGAUAGUAGCACCAAUCAAUCAAUCGAAACACAUUUUGAUUUUCCAAGAUACAAAUACCAUUUCAAGGUGAAAGUGUUGAAUAUCAAAUCGCAAAAUCACAACCAAUCAGCCAAAAGCAACUCGCAACACCACAUAUCCAACCAGUCCUAAGCAACUUUCAACACUACUGACUCUUUCAAUCAAACGCAAUUACCCAAAAAGCAGCCUCUAUCGCAAAACCUACUAAUCAACCAAAAGCACCACUUCCCAAGCAACUUCCACGCAACAACUUUGAAGUGAAAAUGAAGUUUCUCGGUCUGCGAAUUAGGGAACCAAAGCCCGAAUAUCUGGAUGCUACUAAGCCUAUAGAUCACAUUAGGCAGCUCCGUGAUGCCCCCAAAAGGAAGAGUCGACCAAUUGAGGAUGGCCUGGACAGACAAGAGAGUGAUGGAAGUUUGCCAUCAUCAGGUGUAAGCAGCCAGGAAAAUGCAGAUAGCUCGGCACCGAUAAUCGCACGUACGAUAGAAGACCUGAGGGAUGUUAUUGGAGGAGCUGGGUCAUCAGCUUCGAACUUGGAAUGUUUGUUGUUAAUCUUAUAAGUUAUCGGAUAGAAUAUGCACACUGACUCCCCAAUAGUAAAAUCUAGAAUUUUAGAGCUUGCAAUCAGUGAUAUUGGCAUGGGGAAGUAUCAAUGGUGCUUAUUUGUACUAUGUGGUAUGGGAUGGGCGGCGGAUAAUCUUUGGCUCCAGGGAGUAGCGUUAAUCCUCCCUACCUCCUCUAUUGCUUAUGGUGUAUCUGACCAACAUGUUCGGUACGCCACUCUCGCCUUGAAUGUUGGACUGUCACUUGGCGCUAUUGGCUGGGGUUUUGGAUCGGACAGAAUAGGGAGAAGACUAGGUUUCAACUCAACAUUAGUCAUUGCUGGAAUAUUUGCCUUCUUGACAGGAAAUGCACCGAGCUUCAUUGCUGAGGCAGCUUUUCUCGGAGCAAUUGGACUUGGAGUAGGAGGUAGCCUACCGGUGGAUGGAACUAUGUUUCUUGAAUUUCUACCACACAAAGAUCGGAUUUACUUGACACUUCUGUCGGUAUGGUGGCCAAUUGGGCAGGUUGUGGCUUCACUUUUUGCAUGGCUCUUCCUUGGAUCAAACUUUGAAGCAACGCGUGGUCUAAGACUUUUCUUGUACACCAUGGGCUCUAUAACUUUGGCAAUGGCUAUCUCUCGCUGGUUGUUUGAUAGUAUAGAGUCGCCGAAAUUCCUCCUCGCCUCGAACAGGCAAGCAGAGGCUGUAAGAUCUGUUCGUGCACUGGCGCAUAAGAACGGUACCAAAACGUGGCUCACCGAAGAAAUCCUCAACGAGAUAGGAGGAACAGCAGAGGUGACCGAUGUAGUGAAGUCAAGCAGCAUGGUACGGGCACGUCAAGCGAUUGCGUCUUUUGGACCAGAAACAAAAAAGCAGAUCUCUCCACUGUUUGGAAACGCUGAAUUGGGUGUAAAUACUGUUCUAUUGUGGAUCAUUUGGCUUUGUAUUGGAAUAGGAUAUCCAUUGUUCAAUUCCUUCUUGCCACAGUAUUUGAAAGGCGGCAACAAAUCUGAAAGCGAAUCCGACACUUAUCGAAAUUACUUGAUAAUCAGUACAGCCGCUGUCCCUGGGUCCCUUUUGGCUUGCUAUAUUGUCAACGUGGCCGGCCGUAAGAGACCAAUGGCCUUUGCAACGAUGAUUGCCGGAGUUUGUUUCUUUCUCUUCACCCUUCGCAAUGACAGCAGCUUUCAACUUGGCUUCGGUUGCGCAGCAUCAUUUUUCCAAAAUAUCAUGUUUGGAAUCCUUUAUGCAUAUACUCCAGAAACCUUCCCCGGAUCCAGUAGAGGAACCGGUUGUGGUAUUGCCCAUUCAUUGAAUAGACUUGGUGGAAUAAUUGCUCCUCUCAUCGCAGCGAAUGUUGGAGCAUCUAAUCCAAGCAUCCCUAUUUACGUCAGUGGCAGUUUGAUUAUCUCAGCAUUUUUGGCCAUGUGUUGUCUGAGAAUAGAAACGCAGAAUAGACAGUCGUUGUAA